GCGUUCACUGUCUUCAGCCGCGCAGGUAUUAGCGGCCGAAGAAGUGCCACAAAUGGCCGCUUCCAGAGCUGUGUCGGGCCCUACAGACCUGGGAAUGACAUUCACUCUAUACCAGUACCAGUCGUGUCCAUUCUGUUGCAAAGUGUCGGGCCCUACAGACCUGGGAAUGACAUUCACUCUAUACCAGUACCAGUCGUGUCCAUUCUGUUGCAAAGUGCGGGCAUUCCUCGACUACAUGGGUAUACCCUAUAAUGUGGUGGAAGUGAAUCCAGUGAUGAGACAACAGCUAAAGUUCUCGAAGUACAGAAAAGUACCGGUGCUUCUCAUCCAGAAGGACGGCGAGUCGGAAGUGUUGCAAAUAAACGACUCGACGACAAUCGUGUCGGCGCUGUCCUCAUACCUGAUCAGCCGAAAGCCGGACUCGAAUCACGCAAAAGAAUCUCUUCGUUCGAUCGCCGAAUGGUAUCACGAGAAGGAAGUGCUCAAAGAGGACGGCACGCGAGCCGACGAAGUGAUCAAUCGGUAUUUUCUGAUGUUUGGCGACAUAUCUGUGCCCAAACUGGAAGCGAUCGAGGGAUCGGUGGCCGAAGAGCGCAAUUGGCGGCGUUGGGCCGACGACCAUAUGGUGCAUAUGCUGUCGCCCAAUAUCUACCGAACAGUUCCCGAAGCGUUGAGGGCUUUCCGCUAUUUCUCGGUGAUCGGCGAAUGGGACGACAAUUUUAAACUGUGGGAAAAGUAUUUAUGCAUUUAUAUGGGUUCGGGUGCCAUGUAUUUGAUCGGCAAACGACUCAAAAAGAAACACAAGUUGACCGACGAUGUGAGGGAAUCGCUGUAUAUGUCGUCCAGACAGUGGCUCAAAGCCAUUGGCAAAGAUCGCAAGUUUAUGGGCGGAAAUGCACCCAAUUUGGCCGAUUUGGCCGUUUACGGUGUGUUGAAUUCAAUUGAAGGCUGCGAUGCGUUCACCGAUCUGUUGGAAAAGACUCGCAUAGGUUUGUGGUAUUAUUCCGUACAAGAGUUGGUCAAAAACAAGGCCGGAGUCAACGAAUUGCACUUUUUGCGUCAACAAAAAGCAAAUAAUUAGUUAUAAAUUCAUACAAACGAGUCAUCAAA